AUGGCGGGACGCCAUCGCGACGCUACAUGGUUGAAAGAGCAGCUCGCCCGGGUGCUCGGUUGGGACGAGCUUAUCGUGGAGGGCCUUGUGGAUGCCGUACUGAGGGCAUCAGGACCUGGGGGGGACCGCUCCGAACUGGACGAGAUGGUUCAGAACUUCAUGGCGGAUAGCCCCGCGGGUAUCGCCCUCAUCAACGACUUCCUGGCGCCCCCGCCGCCACUGACCUCCCCCCGCGGGAAACCCACAUCCACACCGCCAAUGACCUCAUCAUCCGCACCCGCAUCCACGGAGGCGGCGGCGGUGCGAGGCGGCGGAGGCGCAACUGCCGCCGCCGCCGCCGCUGGCAAGUCCUACGCCGCGUCGGCGUCAUCCGGCUUUCAGCAACAACAAAAACAGCAACAUCAACAAAAUACAAAUGUCGUUGCGUCUUCUGGUCCGAAGUCAUCAGCAGCAAGAGCAGGAGCAGCAACGAGGGGGAGCUGGCAGGCGCGGGUUCCGGCCACCUCACCGAGCGGCGGCGCCGCCGGCGCCACAUCCUCGGCGCCCGCAACCGCCGCCGCCGCCGCCGGCGCCACAUCACCACCCGGCCUCGCUACGGGCCGCCGCAAUCAUGUCGAUGACGACGACGGCGAUGACUUCUCUCGUUUCGUGGCUUUGGAAGCGGGCGCAGCGGGAGCAGCAGCAAAGAAAGCUAAGAGCCCGCCCGGGGAGGGAGGUGGUGGUGGUGGUGGAGGUGGAGGUGGUGCCAAGGUCCUGGGGAUGUUCAAGGCUGGCGGUCGCAUCAAGGCGCCGGCAGCCAAGCCGGUGGGUGCAGUACGUCCCGAGGGGGGGGCUCUGGCUCUGGCGGCUUCCCUGGAGAGAAAGGUGCUGAACUGUCUUGGUUGUGGUAAGAUCUACGACUGCCGCUCCGUUACCAACGACAUUCUGAGAUUCUUGGCAGCCAACAAACCAACAAAAAGCGCUAAUGGACGCGAUUUCCUGGAUUUGCACACCUUUUUGCCAAUCUCAACGGUACGGCAGGACCGGCUCGUCGAGUACGACAGGAACGCUGCCAAGCGUACGACAGUCAUUGACGACCAGAGCGACUUUUUCGAGAUUGACACCAACGCCUGGCUCACUGACCAGGAGCGUGAUGAGCUCCGGCGGCGGCGGCAGCUUGAGGAGGAGGCGGAGGCGGCGCGGCGCAAGAAACUCACCGUCACCAUUGACCUCAUUGGCCGUAAGGUCGUACUAGAUGAGGAUGUACGGAAGGCGGAGGCGGCGGAGGCGGCCGCCGCCGCCGAGCGCACCGCGGCCGCGGCAAAAGCCGCCGCCGCCGCGGCCGAGGCGUUGCGCAAUACUGACGGCGGUGACGGCGGCGGCGCGGCCUUUAGCGGCAAUGCUCUCAGAGGCGCGGCGGCGGCGGCGGGGGGGGCCCCGACCCCCAGGCAGUUGGCAGCUGCUCUUGACUCGCUGAGGCAGAUGAAGGCCGCGGUAAACCCGGCAGUCGCCGCAAUUGCAGCGGCGCCCCUCUUCCUGCCGGCGGGGAGAGGGGGUGCCGGCGCUAGCGAGGGUGCGGGUGCGGGUGCGGGUGGGAGUGCGACGGCGGGCAAGGCCGGAACUGGGGGAGGUCGCGAUGUGCCGGGUAGGGGUACGACAGCGGCUGGUGGUGGCGGCGGCGGCAGUGCGCCGAAAGCCCCAGCGGGACGGGGCAGUGCUGGCGCCUCCGUCGCAUCAGGUGGUCGUGGUGGUGGUGGUGGCUCGGGACAUCGGACAGGCCCAGGACAGCGCGGAGUCCACGAGCGCGUCCAGUACGACAUGGGAGCUGAGUUUGGUUUCGAUGCCUUCGGCGUCGAGGUGGCGUUGGACGAGCUGAUGGGCGGCCUGACCACGGAGACGGCCGAGGAGGAGCCGCCUGCCGAGCUUCCGUCCUGGUCCUCUGCCUCGAAGCAAUGCCGCCCUCGUUUCUUCCCACAACACACAUAUCCACCACCAUCACCACCACCACCACCACCACCACCACAACUGCGUCACCCUCCUUAG